UUAAAUAGAGAGGCUUAUCUUUCCGACACCUCCACUCGGGAUUAGAGUUUUGUUUUGUUUUGUUUGUUCUCUCAUUCGAUCCCGUCCCUCCCUUCGUAUAUAAUCUCGUCACACAAAAAGAUUGUAUCUAUUGAUGGAGGAGAACCAGAGAAGCAGGUUCAAAAAAGUUUGUGUCUUUUGCGGAAGCCACUCUGGUAAUAGAGAAGUCUUCAGUGAUGCUGCCAUCGAACUCGGCAAUGAACUCGUGAAGAGGAAGAUAGACUUGGUUUAUGGAGGAGGAAGUGUUGGGCUGAUGGGUCUUAUCUCCAGGAGAGUCUAUGAAGGUGGUUUCCAUGUACUCGGGAUCAUUCCCAAAGCUUUGAUGCCAAUUGAGAUAUCUGGUGAGACUGUUGGAGAAGUAAGGGUUGUUGCUGACAUGCACGAACGCAAAGCUGCAAUGGCACAAGAAUCUGAGGCCUUCAUUGCUCUCCCUGGAGGUUAUGGAACAAUGGAGGAGCUGCUGGAGAUGAUAACAUGGUCACAACUCGGUAUCCAUAAGAAAACGGUUGGUAUAUUGAAUACUGAUGGCUACUAUAACAAUUUGCUUGCGUUAUUUGACACUGGCGUCCAAGAAGGUUUUAUCAAACCAGGGGCACGUAAUAUUGUGGUUUCUGCACCAACAGCCAAAGAGCUUAUGGAGAAGAUGGAGGAAUAUACUCCUUCACACAAGCAUGUUGCAUCCCACGAAAGCUGGAAUGUUGAGGAGCUUGGAGCUUACCCUGGACAACAAAGCAAUCAUCAAUAAAGAACAAGGAAAAAAAACAUUCUUAUUGAUUAGCAUAUGCUGCUACUUCCAUUUCAAGUUUUAGUUUGAUUUAUUUGCAGAUUCCACAACAAUGUGUAUAAGAAAACUCAAAAUCUUGUUGCAAUUUGAAACAUCACAUUGGGGUCCCAAA